UGUUGAGUGGGUGCCACAUUCCUGUGUGGCAUGUGGUGACAGCUCCAUCUGAGCACGCCUGUUGUCAAAAACAAACAGACCCCCUGCAGAGCGAGGGUCAAGGUCAAAGCUGGGACCGUCCCGCCCAGACGAGACCCUCAAAGCUGAGCCUGACGCCCCAAGAGGCUCCACAUGGAAGCCAAUGCCCGCCGACUGAGGACACGCCGAGCUCCUCGUCUCCGAGGGCUCUCCACAAGGGGGCAGCGUGAGACCAAGCACCACUCCCAGUAAGUCAUCUCCCUCUCAAAACCAUCCCAUCACAACCUCGAGCCGCCUGCUCUGUCAGGAUCACGCCGCUGACGACCAUGAAAGUCUCUCCUGACCUGAUUCCUGCCGCAGAUCUGGACCCCAGCAGAGUGUGCAAGGGGAAAGGAGUGGUGACCCUGAGGGCCACCCUCAUCCACAUAGACGACGAGGGCCGCAUCAGCUCGGAGCCAAACGCCAUCACAACGCCAAGUGGCUGGACAGGCCACAUUAAUGGAGACAGCUCUAAAGCAGGAUUGGCGGAGGGAGGCAGCAACAUCAGAAGUGAUUUACCGCCUCCUAACAACCCCCGGUGCCAGGCCAUUUCCCCAGAGAGCCUGAAAGAGAAUCAGGCUCCAUCCUCGGCCAACGCUCCCAGCUGUAUCACAUCGACCUCCAGCUCUGUUUAUCCGUGCACCAGCACGGCUAACCCCACAAUAGUGCUGCUGCAACACAACAGAGAGCAGAAAAAGCAUCUUAAUCAUUUCAAAGACCCAACCCCAGAGAAGGACAAAAGCCCGGAUCCUGGCAGAGACUCGGUCAGUGCGGUCCCGGACAUGGACUGGACGAGGCUGCAGCUGUCCCUGCACUCGCCCGUCCUCGGUCCUCUCAACAAGCCCAUUGUCCCUGUGCGGAACACUGACAAGUCCAAAGACUGGUACAAGACAAUGUUCAAACAGAUACACAGAAUACCCGAGCCUAUUGAGGAAAACCCUUACCGCCCUACCUACAUUUUCCCCGACAACUCUGACAUUCAGAUGAAAUCCAAAGAUGACUGUCCCACGCCCUUGGGUUACUUGGAAGAUGUGCGAGCUGUUCCUCGCUCCAGAAGCGACGCAGAGGUCGAUUCGAGAGGCCGGUCGAUGCCCGUGCCAACGCGCUCCUCGUCCCUCACACCCUCCGCCAAAAGGAACGAGUGGGAGCCCCCGGAUAAAAAGGUGGACACCAGGAAGUACCGCGCCGAGCCCAAGAGCAUCUUUGAGUACGAGCCGGGCAAAUCGUCGGUGCUGAAGCUGGAGAGAACGACUCAGGAGGUAAAUCCAGAAGAUGUAGAUAUAGAGAAUGAGCCAUGGUAUAGAUUCUUUUCAGAGAUGGAGUUUGACAAAGCGAGUGCCCCCUCUUUCAGCCCCCUGGAAACAGCCUCCGACCUGCAGCAGUACUCCUCGAGCAAGUCUGGACACAGCGAGGUGGAGAAAGACGGGGGAUCAUCCACGGGUGAGCCUGGGGCUCCAGAAUGCGACCGCCAUGUUUACAAGAGUGUCCUGGAGGGCGGCGACAUUCCCUUACAAGGUCUACGGGCCCUAAACAAGCGCCAAGCCGGCUCCUCCUCAUCUAAAGUGGAUUAUAAAGGUGGGAAUGGCUAUAUAAUUUCACCCUGCUCCUCUGUAAAUAGUCGGUCGGUUCUUGCCAGUAAUGCAAUAGGUAACCAGUGUAAGAAUAUGAAGCCUCUUUCUGCUGCCAAAGCCCGCAUACCCCAAAUCCUGCCCUCUAAGUUCAAACCCAAGCUGCUGCCACCCAGUGGUGACAGUCAGGAGAGCAGGGCCCAAGCUGCCAGGCACCCGAAGGCCCACAGCUGUGAGGAUCUGUACACAGGGCCAUGUGACCCGGACUUUGCCGCAGCCAAGGAAAGGGAGAGUGGCCCACAUUUGGACUGUAGUUCAGAGUGUGCGGACGGCCUCGGGAAUGUCUCCCCCGCGAUCCGAAGGAGCGCAUCGGAGUUCUCCAGCCUGUACCGGACCAUGCAUCAAAUCCAGCGGCCCAGCUCGGCCGGCUGCAGCCCCAACGGCAGCGUCCGCAGCCUGGCCUCCCUCUUUGAGAGGUCCCAGGCCGACGGGGGCGAAAGGUCAGAGGCGGACAACGGGGGCGACAUUCCACGAGAUGCCGUAUUGUCGCGGGUCAGCGAGUUUGAAAUGAUCAUCCAGCGGACCAGCCCGGGACCCAGCCGCUCCUCCUCCCUGCCCACCCUGCACACCGCCAACAGCCCCACCCACUUCCACGUUACGGCUGCCGUGUCAGUGGAGUCACUCGCGGCCGCUGGCCCCUCCCAGAGGGAUGCCCGUUCCCCGUUGGAGGCCGAGGGCAGGAGCGGUGGGGAGGAGGCCCCGUCACCAGCCGUGGAGGAGGCCACGCCCCCCUCAGAGGACGGACACGAUGUCCGGACCGACUCCUCCUCUAACACAGAGGCAGAGGUGGAGCUGAUCUUCAGUGAGAGUUCCACAGGACUGAACCACCAAAAUGUGGGUGGAUCAAACAGUCCCUCUGCCCUGCUUACAUCAUCGCCUCCGCAACACAACCAUGUCCACCACCACCACCUGCACCACCUGAACCAUCAACUCCUAAAACCCAGCAAAUGCAAAGGCUCCUGCCCGGCGUCUUACACCCGCUUCACCACCAUCCUGAGGCACGAGAGGCAGCAGGCCUCGACUCAACCGGAAAGGCCGGCGCCGCUGGAGAAGAAGACCACGCUCCCCGGGAACCUCUUUCUCAUGGGCCCGGCUCCCUUCAGGUUGCGGAAAAAUCAGCAGUCCCACCAGAGUCGGAGGAGCCUGCAGGCCACGAAGGUGAUGGCGGGCGCCCAGAGGCCCGGCCCUUUUUCUCCCGAGCCCAGACCUCAGAUCCCGCAGCGCCUGUCCUCUCUGGAGGUCCUGGAGAGGCUGAGCAACGGAGAGGAAAGCCACACUGACCACCUGAGUAACGGGCAGGGCCUGGACGCCAACGGGAACCUACUGCAGCUUCUGGCAGCUCACUGCAGAGACCCGUCCCCAGUUCUCGGGGAGAGCCCGGAUGAGGCGUUGCGACGGCGUCAAGGGGACAAAGAGAAAAUGUUGGAGGAGCAGCGGCGGCUGAAGCGGGAACAGGAAGAGGCCGACACAGCGUCCCGGCGACACACAGGCAUCGUCCCGACCCGCCACCAGUUCAUCACCAACGAGCGAUUCGGAGACCUGCUCAACAUCACAGAUAACACGGAGAAGAGGAAAUCAGGCAUGGAGAGAACUCCAGCCAUGGCUCGCUUUGACUUCAGAGCGGAAACUCUGAAGGAGCUACCGUUUCAGAAGGGAGACAUUGUCUACAUCAUUCGACAGGUGGAUCAAAACUGGUAUGAAGGGGAACAUCAUGGAAGAGUUGGAAUUUUCCCUCAAAGUUACGUCGAGCUCCUUCCCCCAACGGAGAAAGCCCAGCCAAAGAAGAGUGCUCCGGUGCAGGUGCUGGAAUACGGCGAGGCCGUCGCCCGCUUCAACUUCAACGGGGACACGGUGGUGGAGAUGUCCUUCAGGAAGGGGGAGAGGAUCACGCUCAUUCGGAGAGUCGAUGAAAACUGGUACGAGGGCAAAAUCUCCGGCACCAACCGCCAAGGCAUCUUCCCCGUCACCUACGUGGAAGUGAACCGGCGGCCCCGCGUCAAAAACGGGGUGGAGUACCUGGACCCCCCGGUCAGCCAGUCGCCGCAGCGCAGCACCAACGCCUCCCCUCAGCUAUAUCGUAACCGUCUGACCACCUCCCCGCUGCCCCUCCCGCGCUCCCCCCGUCGCUCCGUCUCUCCCAAAGUCCACGCCAUCUCCUCCGAGUGGAUCUCCCUGACCGUGGGAGGAGGGAGCCCCCCGACCGCACCCACCCCCCCCCUGCCGCCGCUGCCCUCCGUGUCGUACCGCUGCGGCGAGUACCUUCCCCCGCCCUACUCUGCAAGCCCCGUGCCCCCCCUCACCGGCAGCCCGUACUUCAUCUCCCCCAUGGCUUCCCCAUCCGCCUCGCCUCUCCCCCCGCCUUAUCCGCCGAGACCCACCUCAACCACCCCCUUCCUCACGUUCACCCCACCCCAGGGCGGGGACUUCCUGCUCCGCCCUCACUCCCCACGCCUGUCACGCAGUGUGAGCCCCUGUGGAGGGCCGGUGCUGGAGGGCUGGUUGAGGGGGGAGAAGGAGUUGACAGAGGGGGAAAUCCCAGAGGGGGACGGGGGCCACGGAGCCCCGGGAGGCAGGCGAAAUAGCCCAGCAGAGUUUGUGAAGAACGAGGCUGACCAUCAUGGACGGAGCUCCCAGAGUCCUGUGAUGCUGUUUGACAUCCAAGAUAACAACAAUGUCAACUAUUUCACGGAGGCAGUGUGUAAUGAGAUCUUGAAUAUAGCUGAGACCUCGGUGAGGUACUGCAGCACCCUGUCCCACCACCCUCGUGACUCUGUCCAUAGAAUGCACCCCCAGCCCAGUAAACACUCUCUCAUCAUUUCCCAGCAACCCCAGUCCCACAGCAGCAGCCCAGAGCCAAACCGUCUCAACGCUGGAAUUUUCCAGGCGCUUUACAGUUACGCGCCGCAGAACGAGGACGAGCUGGAGCUGCAGGAGGGCGAUCUCGUCAGUGUCAUGGAGAAGUGCGAUGACGGCUGGUUUGUCGGAACCUCAAAGAGGACAAAACAGUUUGGGACGUUCCCCGGGAAUUACGUGAAGGAGGCCAAACUGUAACGUUAAUCUGGCUGUAACACAUGGUCGCCUGUCAAGCUUGGGAAGUCACUACUAUCUUGCAUGGCUGUUGGGUAGCGUAGUCCUUUUGUCUGGGAAAGUGUUUGGUUGGUCCUGAGGUAUGUCAAACUGCACGAGGGAGGCGAAUACAGAGACCGCUCGCUGCCCAAACCUCAGCACGCCCAACACCUUGACAACGCUUCACACACUCUCCUUGACAGAAUCCGGUCUGUCUCCACGUGAGGAAUUCCUCUGUGACAACCUAACUCAAAGUAGCGUCUAUUGUGCAGAUGAUAGCUUCCAUCCUGUCCAUGUCUUCUAGAGUACAUAAGUGUUUACGUAGCACCUCAGUGGGGAGGCGGGCAGCAGAGCGCUGUGCGGGUUAACGAGUGGUUAUUUUUACCUGAACGGGACCUGGGAGGAUUCACAGCGGGGUUUUUUAACGAGAUGUGUGGUUGGAGCUGUUUGGCGCGAGCUACCUUUCAGGACCAGAGGGGUUCAUCACGAUUAGCGAAGUGCGAAGCAAACCAAGGGAAAACCUUCAGUGUUAACAGACGUUAAAGUGAAUGUGGCGGUCCGUUCCUUCCGUCUUUGGUCAUGUAGCGCACAUCCUCUAUCUUGCUGGAUUUUUGUGCCUCUUCCGCUUAGUAGCUCGCGCUAGACGCCUUGCACUUACCUUCCUGUUUGGUCUUUGAGAGAUAUAACAUAACAAGAUUUUAAUAGAUUAAUCACAAAAAAAAGAUAUUUCAUGUUUAAAGUGAAGCCAACACGGUGUCUCAGAAUAUAAUCAUCAUUUUUAAUAGCAUAUUGAGAUUUUAAUCAUGCCCCUACUGACAAUAUUCUAUGUCUUUUUGUGUAAAUGUGUACAGAAAACUUUUAAGAGGCCUUACAAAUAUGGCUCCAUAUUUUCAUAUGUAAUGUCGACAAUUUGGGUUAUAAGCUACGUGGAAUGAUAGAAAUGAGAAGCAUGAGCACAACGUGCACAAAGGUUGACAGAUCAAAUCGGAGCUUGAAACACGACCGGCCAUCGCCUCAACAUUUCGCCGCCUUUAGCUUAAAGCAUUAGUAGCGAUGACAGUCUGCUCUUUGAGCCUUAAUCGCUCCCUACGGAAGAUCGCUUUGAAUUAUCUUUUAUUAUCGGAAGCCCUCUCACCGAGCUCCGUCAGAUCCUGUAACAGAGACGCCCCUCCGCGCACACGGGUCCAAAGACGAUCGCUAUAGUUUGUUCUCGGCAUCUUCAUCAGAUUCCUCGCUGUCAUCAACCGGCGCACUGUGCUCAUCAAUCCUUUGCAGGGCUCGUCUUAGGACGGAGUAGCUCUCGCUGCUUGUUGCGACCUGCUCGGACUGGCUGUGUGUGGGGAAAUCACUGGGGAAGUAACGUUUAUUCCAGGUGCACUAGUGUGACUAUCUGAUCCUCCACGUAGCCGGAUCCUUUGCCCCAAUCCACACAUUUCUAAUCAAAUGGUGCCAGACCAUCAUCGGGCCUACCUGUUAGCAGGACUCUUUAUGAGUGCACAGAAUCAGUAACACAACGUCAAGUAUUAGAAGAAAGACUUACUACUAGCAGUGUACAUUUUCUGUAACUUUGUCUUCUCAAUGUGUUUGCUACAGCCGUGCAGUGAUGAUAAACAUUUGUGGUUUGAAGCUGUAAGUGGCUGCCACAUAAGUCAUGUAUGAAGUUUAAUAACUAACUAAAUGCAUUCUUGCAACAAAAAUCAGUAGCAGUGUUUCAUCUUUUUUUCUGACUUUCCCUUCUGACUGCCUUCUUUUUGCCAACAUAUCUGAUAAGGAAUGUUUCAAGAUAGCACGCCAUAUUAUGGGUUUGCCUGUGUAGCACUGAUAUGAUAUUCAGGUGUUUGUUACACCACAAAAGCACGUUUUCCCCUCCACUGCUGGCUAAGAUUAUGUUUUGCUCCGCCUGGCAUGUCGGUUGGACCUGAAGGCUCGUCCAACACUGAUGUGUUUCCCUGACAGAACAAAAGAUUUGCUCCACCUCGCACACACCACACGGUGGACAAAUAAACACAAUCGACACGACUCAACCCAUAUUGUUCCUGUGAUAUUGUGCAUACACCACAGGAACUAUGAAUGUACGAAUGUAUGAAUGCGGUGCGACGCACCAGCAAUGUGUAAAAAAACAAAAACACGUGUCAGUGUUUUCACCUUGAAUGAACAUGCAGACUACAGCGAGCCACAAGAAGGAUUGUAAAUAUGUAAAAUAAGAAAUAGACUGCGAGUGGCGGGACGUCCGUCACUCGCAGCGCUUUAUUUACCUGAAGGAUCUUUGUGGCAAAGCACAGAGCGGAGCGUUACUGAGCACAGGGAGUUUGAAGCAUAUGAACAUUACGCUGCCAUUUGUGACGAUCAUAAUGCCUUAUGUUAGAUGCAAAAUUGUGCCUCAUUUUCAUUUAGUUUUCUUUUUUUGGGGUGGGAGGGGAGGGGGGGGGACUGCGAUCAUUAUCGUGUACCCGUGACAUAUUUAAUGUAACCAUUAUUCAUAAUCUCUAUGAUGGGAGAACAUGUGUCAGUUAUUGUGCAAAAGUGUGACUCAAUGCUUUAACAUAAUGAUUUAACAAUCAUGAGAAAGGAGUCGCUUGACGAGACACACAACCUGCAACAUGUUUGUUUGUUUGUUUGCUUCAAUUUGCAGUGCUGUUACAUUGAUAAUAUUAAAAUAAAGAUACUAUACACUGCUGUGACUUCGGUAUUAUGCAAUAUUUAAUAAACCGUUUGAACCAUU